CUUUAUUUCUGUAUGACUUACAUUAGCUGUUCACUUUUUUAAAGCCUUUGUUGGUCGUCCAAAUCUCUCUCUCUGUCUCCCACCCACUCACAGCUGUCGUCUAAAUCAGCGUUACAUGCUACACAGAUGUACAUGUUUUGGCCACUAGAGGCCACUAGUGAGCAAUUGAAUCCUCGAAAAAUUAACUAUUUUCAUCACCGGACCAUGUAAACGCUUCAUAAAGCUUCGUUUCGCCAUUACUAUAUCUAUGUAUGCGGUUUAUGUUUCAUGUGCCUUUUUUAACUGACCUGUUUUUAAAUUGAAAUCUCAGUUCAAACACGAUGUUAGUCCACAAACUACAGCGCGCUGACUUCCGGACCAAUUACACGACAGGAGUUUCUACACGGACCUACUAACCUGCUGCACAUGGCGGAAGACCCGCUAUUGUCUCUGUUUGUUUAAUUGUAUUUUUGUUGUGUUUCUACAGGAACCUUUUUUUGUAAAGUAAGUUACAUUUCCACAGUCAAGUACACUUACUGCUAAGGACCUUUACAAGAAAAUGAAUGAGUGGAGUGCUCUGGCGAAAGUCUACGACCCCCUCAAGGCUGGCAGCAUCGACAGCACGGAUGUCGAGCCCCAUGACCGGGCCAUAUGGCGGGCGAUGAAUGCCCAUUACCGGCCCAAUAAAGCUGUAACGGGUGACCCACAACUCACACUGUUUGUCGCGCGGCUCAACAAAAAGACAUCCGAAGAAGACCUUCACAUCGCUUUCUCCAAAUUCGGUGACAUCCGCAGACUGCGGAUUGUCCGGGACGCUGUGACCGGCUUCUCCAAGGGCUACGCUUUUGUGGAGUACAAAGAGGAACGCUCUCUAAUGAGAGCGUGGAGAGACGGCAACAAGAUGGUGGUAGACCAGCAUGAGCUCUUUGUGGAUUUUGAGCAGGAGCGCACGCUGCAGGGCUGGAUACCGCGGCGGCUCGGUGGUGGCCUGGGAGGAAAGAAAGAGUCGGGCCAGCUGAGGUUCGGCGGCAGGGACAGACCGUUCAGGAGACCCAUAAACCUGCCUGGUGCAAUGCCCAGACCAGGUGACCGGUGGAGAGACGGAGAUGGCGGGAGAGAGGAGAGACAGAGAGAUGAGAGGAGAGACACGUCUCCGGGCUGGGAGAGAGAGCACGGGCGACAACGGAAUCGGAGGGACGAAUGGGAACGAGGGAACGAGCGAGGUGGUAGGGAUUACCAUAAAGACAGGAGGGACUCCAGACGAUACAGGGACAGGAGUAGCGAGAGAGAAUCCAACCGAGGAAAAGAUGAAAGGAGAUAUCGGGACUCGUACAGAAAUUCGGAUAAAAGAUGACUCAAGUUUAACUCUGUUAAACUUUCUGGUUUUGACGAGCGUUGCUUUAUCCCUGAACACACCAAUGCCUCUGUUGAAACUGUGAUUGCCUAAUGAGGCAGGAAAAGAUCUGGAUGUGGCAGAGCUUAGUUCAGCAAAGCAAACAAAGCCUAAGUGUGGAAUAACACAUGACUGUACUUGUGGUUGGUUUGCAAUACAUGGUGAAAUAAAUUAAAUUGCCAAGAUUUCCAA